AUGCAAGCCUAUUCGGAUACCGGAUGUUCUACACUGAAAACAAACGCGCUACUCUACUGUCGCCAUGGGUCUACAACGGCAAUCGAUUUUUCCAUCUUGAUUCGUUCUAACAUCCUUAAUUUCUUAACUAACGAAGUCUACAGAUACAACAAUUCAGAUCUGCAUGGCAUCGGAUAUCUUCAUCGUGAUGUGAAACCUGGCAAUUAUACUAUAGGACGACCAGAACUGCAGGAGUUACGCAAAGUUUACAUCCUCGACUUCGGCAUGUGCAGAAAAUAUACAAAUGACCAAGUCUGUUAA